GAUGCAAGAUGGACUCCGCAACUUCAUCGACCUUUACAUGCAGCAGGCUGUUAUCUUAAUCCUCAAUUGCGGUAUGGAGAUAAGUUCUCUAAUGUUGAUGAGGUGAGGAAGGGAUUAUUUGAAUGCAUGGAUAGGAUGUUGGAUUAUCAAGAACGUUUAAAAGUUGACAUUCAAUUGGACUCAUAUGACCAAGCAAUGGGUGAAUUUGGGAGUCGUAUUGCAAUUGAUUCUCGAACAUUAAGAAGUCCUACAAGUUGGUGGAUGCGUUUUGGGGGUUCAACACCGGAGUUGCAAAAGUUUGCUAUUCGAGUCCUUAGCCUUACUUGUAGUGCUUCGGGAUGUGAAAGAAAUUGGAGCACAUUUGAAUCGAUCCAUACAAAAAAAAAAAAAAAUAGACUUGAACAUCAAAGGUUGAAUGCUCUAGUGUAUGUAAGGUACAACACUAGAUUGAGAGAGCGAAGUCUACAAAGGAAACAAAAUGUUGAUCCAAUCUUGGUAGAGGAGAUUGAUUCCGAUGAUGAAUGGAUUGCGGAGAAAGAAGAUCCCCUCCUCCCCCUUGAUCUUUGUUGGCUUCAAGAUAAUGAAUUAUUCAAUGUUGAUGCCAUUAAAGUUGUGUCAUCCAACUCCCAAGAGACGCAAGCAUCAUCGGAUCAUAUGGUUUCUUCACAUUCCUACAAAAGGAAACAUAAUGAAGUACCAAGUACAAGUGGAGGCAAAGGCAAAGAGAAGGAAUUGAAUUUGACACCAAUUGAUGAAGAUGAAGAUUUAGAUGAAAUGGGGAUACAUGAUAGUGGACAUUUUCCUACUAUUGAUACAUUGGAUGAGGAUGAUGAUGACCUUGGAGAGGAGGAUUUAAGUUGAAACAAUUUACUCUAGUUCUUAUUUCAUGACUUAGUUAUGAAUUUUUUGUAAAAGUUUAGAACUAUUAUUAUGGUUGACUCUAUUUUCUAUUUCAUGACUUAGUUAUGGCUUUUUGUUAAAGUUUGAAACUAUUAGUAUAGUUGAAUCUAUAAUCUAUUUUAUGAAUUUGUUA